AUGGCCGUAUAUAAAGGGGGCGGCUGGGCUUACACCACUCACUCUCUGCAAGAUGGCCAAGCUAAUAAUCUGUGCAGGCAUGAACUGACUCUGUGCUCUGUGUUCUGUGUUCCAGCGGUGGUGUUACUGGCCUGCCUGCAGAUGGGCUCUGCCUACAGGCUGGUGUGUUACUUUGCCAACUGGGCCCAGUACAGACCAGGGGCGGCGAUGUACGUGCCUGAUGACAUUGACCCCUGUAUGUGCACCCACCUCAUCUAUGCCUUUGCUGUCAUGAGCAACAACAAGAUCGUCAAGUACGAAUGGAACGACGUGACUCUCUACCACUCGUUCAACGCGCUCAAGUCCAGGAACAAGAACCUGAAGACACUUCUGUCAGUGGGGAGAUGGAACUUUGGAACGUCGCAGUUCAGUGCCAUGGUGGCCACACCAGGUAACAGACACACCUUCAUCCAGUCCGUCAUCACCUUCCUGCGGGAAUACGGCUUCGAUGGGCUGGACAUUGACUGGGAAUAUCCGGGGUCCAGAGGCAGUCCGUCCCAGGACAAACACCUCUUCACAGUCCUGGCCCAGGAGAUGAUGGCAGCAUUCGAGGCGGAGGGGAAGAGCUCGGGCCGGUCCCGGCUUCUGCUCUCGGCCGCCGUGGCCGCCGGCCGACCCACCAUCCAGGCGGCCUACGAGAUCCCCCAGCUGGGAAAAACGCUGGACUUCUUCAACGUGAUGACCUACGAUUUCUACGGCUCGUGGAACCCCUUCACCGGGGAGAACAGCCCGCUGUACGCACUGCCCGCUGCCCGCGGCAACAACAAGUACUUCAACAUGGACUACACCAUCAAAUACUGGAUGGAGAGCGGGGCUCCGGCGGCCAAGAUCAACGUGGGGUUGGCGGCCUACGGUCGAUCCUUCACCCUCAGCACCAGCAACACGGCGGUGGGAGCUCCAUCCACCGGACUAGGCCCCGAGGGUCACUACACGCAGGAGGCCGGAUUCAUGGCCUACUUCGAGAUCUGCCUCUUCCUCAAUGGUGCCACACAGAAAUGGGACGCGCCACAGAUGGUUCCCUACGCCUACAAGGGCAGGGACUGGGUCGGGUACGAUAACCCAAAGAGUUUUGAAAACAAGAUCGAUUGGCUGAAAAAGACCGGCAUUGGAGGGGCCAUGGUGUGGACCCUGUCCCUGGACGACUUCAGCGGCACCUUCUGUCACCAGGGCCGGUACCCCCUCAUCAGCAAACUGCACACGGGUCUCGGCAUCAACCCAGGUUGUGUGGCGGUCCCACUCCCCACCAAGGCCCCCACCAAGAGCCCGGGGAACCUGGAGUACUGUGUGGGCAAGUCGAACGGCUUCCACGCGGACCCGACCAACAAGAACUACUACUAUCAGUGUGUGAACGGCAAGACCUACCUGCAGAAGUGUGACACCGGCCUCAUCUUUGACACGUCGUGCAACUGUUGUAACUGGGCGUAAGCAGGUCAGUACACUCUGGCCAUCGACACGUAGAGCAGCGCGGAAACAGGCUCUCCGGCCCAACUCGCCCAAGAUGCCCCAUCUACACUAAUACAGUUUGGCCCACAUCCCCCUAAACCAAUCCUAUCCCUUCCCGCUGACUGGUUAGCUCGCAACAAAAGCUUUUCACUGUACAUCAGUGUAAAAUGUAUGAAUGAAAGAAUGAAUACGUUUAUAUUCACAUACAUGGAAUUUGCCUUGGUGCUCCGCCCACAAGUGACAACAUGACAUGCAGUGACAGUUAGGAAUGACACAUAAAACAUUAAACAGUAAUAAUAAAACAUUGUUGAUUAAAUAUGUGAAUUAAAUAAAAUACCAGAGCAAAAGGAAGCUACAGAUUUUUGGUUAUUGAGUCGAGCUACUGCUCAGUACACGUGAGAAUAAACUAAUCUAAACCAUGCACCCGUCCACAAGUUAAAUUAUAAAUUAGACCGAAGUAGGUUUCUGACUGUAAACAUCACCCAUCCUUUUUCUCCAGAGAUGCUGCCUGUCCCGCUGUGUCUAUCUUUGUUAUAAAUCUGCAACUGCAGUUCCUUCCUACACGUAUUUUAAACAUUGGGAUAGUCCCCACCCCAACUACCUCCUCCGGCAGCUCGUUCCAUACACCCACCACCCUCUGUAUGAGAGAGUUGCCCAUCAGGUUCCUAAUAAAUCUUUUCCCCUCUCCCCUUAAACCCAUGUUCUCUGGUUCUCGAUUCCCCUACUCAGGGUAAAAGACUGUUCACACACCCUAUUACUCGGCUUGUACUCGCUAGAAUUUAGAAGAUUGAGGGGGGAUCUUAUAGAAACUUACAAAAUUCUUAAGGGGUUGGACAGGCUAGAUGCAAGAAGAUUAUUCCUGAUGUUGGGGAAGUCCAGAACAAGGGGUCACAGUUUAAGGAUAAGGGGGAAAUCUUUUAGGACCGAGAUGAAAAGAUCAUUUUUUACACAGAGAGUGGUGAAUCUGUGGAAUUCUGCCACAGAAGGUAGUUGAGGCCAGUUCAUUGGCUAUAUUUAAGAGGGAGUUAGAUAUGGCCCUUGUGGCUAAAGGGAUCAGGGGGUAUGGAGAGAAGGCGGGUACAGGAUACUGAGUUGGAUGAUCAGCCAUGAUCAUAUUGAAUGGCGGUGCAGGCUCGAUGGGCCGAAUGGCCUACUCCUGCACAUAUUUUCUAUGUUUCUAUGUUUCUAUUCCCCUCGUGAAUUUAUACACAUGUAUAGGAUCACUCUCAGCCUCCUGCGCUCCAAGGAAUAAAAUCCUAGCCUGCCCAACCUCUCCUUAUAGGACCAGUGACCCUGACCACGGGUGCUGUCUGUACGGAGUUUGCACGUUCUCCCCAUGACCUGUGUGGGUUUUCUCCAGUACUCCAGUUUCCUCCCACACUCUAAAGACGUGCAGGUUUGUAGAUUAAUUGGCUUUGGUAAAAUUGUAAAUUGUCCCCAGUGUGUGUAGGAUAGUGCUAGUGUGCGGGGAUCGCUGGUCAGCGCGGACUCGAUGGGCCGAAGGGCCUGUUUGCUCUAAAGUCUAAACUGCGAACUAAACGCUGGCACCCUCUCUGUCCUGAUCUGUCAACACCUCUACCUCCUUAGAAGGGUUCGGAGGUUCAGCAUGUCCCCUACAACUCUCACCAACUUCUACAGAUGCACCACAAAAAGCAUUUUAUCGCGAUGCAUCACAGCAAGGUUUGGGAACAGCUCCAUUCGAGACCGCAAGAAAUUGCAGCAAAUUGUGGACGCAGCCCAGACCAUCACACACACACAAACCAACCUCCCUUCCAUCGACCAUCUACACCUCACGCUGCCUCGGCAAGGCCAGCAGCAUCAUCAAGGACCAGUCUCACCCCCGGCCGUUCCCUCUUCUCCCCUCUACCAUCAGGCAAGAGGUACAGAAGUGUGAAAACGCACACGUCCAGAUUCAGGGACAGUUUCUUCCCGGCUGUUAUCAGGCAACUGAACCAUCCUACCACAACCAGAGAGCGGUGCUGAACUACUAUCUACCUCAUUGGUGACCCUCGGACUAUCCUUGAUCGGACUUUGCUGGCUUUACCUUGCACUAAACGUUAUUCCCUUAUCAUGUAUCUGUACACUGUGAACGGAUCGAUUGUAAUCAUGUAUUGUCUUUCCGCUGACUGGUUAGCACGCAACAAAAGCUUUUCACUGUACCUCGGUACACGUGACAAUAAACUAAACUGAACUGUUUUACCUGCAGCGGAGACUGAAGCAGCGAUGUUC